GGACUGUCCCUCCACCCCGCCUUGUGGACUGUCCCUCCACCCCGCCUUGUGGACUCUCCCUCCACCCCGCCUUGUGGACUGUCCCUCCUCCCCGCCUUGUGGACUGUCCCUCCACCCCGCCUUGUGGACUGUCCCUCCACCCCGCCUUGUGGACUGUCCCUCCACCCCGCCUCGCCGCCCGGACAAGAUGCUGAGGGUGUUCCGGUAACAAGCGGCCGCUACAGUAGUUGAGAGGUGAGGUGUUCAGCAGGAGGUGCUGAAGAUGGGGUGCGGGAUGAGCUCCGAGGCCGCCGCCGCCGCCGCCGUCCCCACUAACCCAGACGAGGCCCUGGAGCUGGCCGUCCGUAAGGGCGACCUAUCAGGGCUGGAACAGGCUCUACAGAACCAGGGUAACGUUAAUAAGCGCUUCAGGGACCCAGAGACUGGCUACGACUACACUGCCCUCCACCUUGCUGCCAAGCUGGGCCACCCCGACGCCAUCACAACCCUUAUUAAGGCCGGAGCGCGACCCCAGGACCUGGACAGCCAGGGUCACGUCCCUCUACAGAUCGCAGCCAAGUAUGACAAAGCCGACGCCAUCGCUGCGCUGCUGGCCCACGGGGCGCUGAUCGACACAGUGAGCCACGACCGGUCGUCUCCACUCAAGUUUGCCAUCAAGUACAAGUCACAUCAAGCUCUCGCCAAGCUCAUCGAGUUGGGUGUCAAUGUGGACUCCACCUCCAACAACAUGGAGGCGCCCCUGGUCACGGCCGCCAGCACCAACAACGUCGAUGCUGUCGUCGCUCUCCUACAGGCAAAUGCCCAAUACUCUGGGCUAAUGAUCCCAAUCAUGAACAGCUCAGAGAGUGUGGAUCUGUUGACAUGGGCAACCAGAAAUGGCCACACGGAAGUGGAGAGCAUAAUCACUUCCAAGGAAGCAGAAAACGAGGAUGAAGGUGGUGUGGAAGGUGGAAACGAGGUUGAAAAUGUAGGGGAAGUCAUUACCACAGAGGGAGAAGGAAAGGAUGCAGAGGAUGAUUUGGCUCGAGAAGCAGGUGAUGGUGCGGAGGAGGUGGUACCAGCAACUGAAACCACAGCUGAUGCGUCUGCAGAAGAUGCGCCUGCAGAAGAAGCAGCUGCAGAAGAUGCGCCUGCAGAAGAGGCAGCUGCAGAAGAGGCAGCUGCAGAAGAGGCAGCUGCAGAAGAGGCAGCUGCAGAAGAGGCAGCUGCAGAUGAUGCAACUGUAGAAGAUUCUACUGCAGUCAAUGCACCUGCAGAAGACACUACUGCAGAAGAUGGACCUGCAGAAGAUGGACCUGCAGAAGAUGGACCUGCAGAAGACACUACUGCAGAAGACCCUACUGCAGAAGGUGCACCAGCUGAAGGUGCACCAGCAGAUGAUGCUCCAGCAGGUGAUGAGGCAAAUGAGGGGAAAGAAGAAGAGGGGACCCCUGCAUUGAGUAACUGGUUAAUAUAGAUACGUAAGUCAUUCGAAUUGCUUGUUGUGUGAUAUAUCAAUGCUUACUCGGUGCAGAAACUUACAUGUAAUUGCAAGUGUUGGGUUAAGACCUGUUGCUCACUGCUCCCGAAUCACACAGAUAUCCCCCAGUAUUUUAAAACAUUUACCUGAAAUAAAAAAUUCCAUAAAAAUA